GAAUCGUCGAGAUCGGGUCGGUGCGUGUCGGCGUCGUGGCCAUCCAGGCGGUGCACACCGGCUUCUACCUGGCCAUGAACAAGCAGGGGAGGCUCUACGGGUCG